GUUGGUUCUAUAUCAUGGGCUAAUAAGCCACUUAUCCAAUCUCCUAUGUCUUGUACAUGUUCCUUGUUGUCUUCUUUUGCUCGCACAAAAUCGUCCUGCAGGCUAUGGAUUAACCACAGAUCAAGAACAACUUGGAUUCGCUUGCAACAUGGCGCAGCAGGAUCUCUACAGGAGCCCGUUCCAGCGUUUGCUCAAGAGCUCGAAUCCAUGAAAAGCCGCCACAUGCCAACUGAUGAGGGUCCCUGGGAUGGUUUCAAUAUUCGCGCUCUGCGGAAGACUCUUCAGAGCCACCUCUCACUUUCCGACUUGCAGCCGGCAAACAGUGUCCCUCCAGGUUAUCAUCAAGUGUCAUUCAACAGCCUGCCGUACGAACAUGAGCUAGGCCACGACGGUGCUGAAAAGCGCCAUGCUCCGAGUGACGAAUGGAAGUAUCGAGUAUGGGCUGGAGGCUACAUGGAGUUUCAGAUACCCAACAUAUGGACCGCCCGACCGAAAUUCGUCGCUGUUAAGGAACGGAUUACAGACACCCGGCUCGUUGGCGAUCUCGCCGGUGGGAACGCAAAAGUCUUCGUCACGUUAACAAGGACUCUCUUUCCUGCCAUGGUGGACGCCCGGGGGAAGCCCGUGCGUAGAAGGCUGGGGGGCCUCCGCGCCACGAACCGAAGGGACAACAUCGUGCUUAAAGAAGAAAAAUAUCUUUGCUUCAUGCGCGAAAUCCCAGAGAGUCUGAAAUCGACGGCUACGCCACGUAGAUUGACGCCUCCUUCCAACCCCGUAUACUCCCAAAGUAUGACACCUUCACCAACGCUGCUCUUCAGAUUCAGCGCACUGUCAAGAAACGCCCAUGCUAUCCAUCUCGAUGCAGAAUAUACCCGACAAGUUUAUGGUCUUCCAAAACUCAUUGUACACGGCCCGCUUACCUCUGUCCUCAUGUUGGAUAUUCUUGGUGAGGCUCUCGCUCUUCACACGGUCGGAAAACCGUAUACCUUCGCGGUCCGGACGUUCCAGUACAAGAAUCUUCUCCCGCUUUUCGUGAAUGAACAGAUCACGAUUGCCUGCAAGAAGUUGCAUGAUAUUCAACCCCAAGGGACGAAAUUUAGGACCGCGUUCGGGGUGACGUGGGAAAAAUGGGAGGUUUGGAUUCAAAAGGGAGUGGGACAAGACGCGACCACGGCGGUCCGCGGGUCAGCCUGGGUUUCGCCCGUCGCGCAUCCCAGUUCAGAGGCCUCGUCAGAAGCUGCCGAACCAGCGCUGUCGAGCACGGAGUUCCAAACCCAAAACUUGAAUGAAGAGGGAGAAGAGCAAGCUGCCAAUACUGCCUCGGAGUGAGGAGCAUCCUUGCGACUGGGUCUGCCUCUAAUUGCCAGGUCACUCUCCCCUCGCCUCUUGUUGACCGCGGUCCAGCAAAAUGAACUCGGCUCAUCGACGAAGAGUUCACAGGUUGGAUUCGACCAUCCAUCGUAAGAUCCGGAAUAACCUCGCCUGAAGAAGGAAUCCACGGCCCAUGGAGGCUCGAGAUAUCCCCUACGAACCCGAGUACUCCGUGUAUGCAGCAGACCGAAAAUUCCCGGCCACAGGCAAUCUUGCAGCGGACUUGCGAGAAGGUGCAAUCCUAGGAGUUAUCUCCGCAUCUCAUCGAACCAUUGCGUCGAACGCAUGUGGAUACGUUCAUGGGAGCACUCAUUGAGAUCGAAGACGACGAUGAGACGAACUGAGUGAUCGCGUUUAGUUCAUGCCCCUUCAAGGAGCGGAAUGAAGUCCCUCGGCAGCUCUUGUGGCUAUCCAAAAAUAUACAAGUGUGUUGUAUCCGCCAGGGAGACUGCCACGCAGCGGCAUGUAUGGAGGUGCGUUCUAUGCCGAUUGCCCGUGUAAACAAAAUCCCAAACUGUUGUGCCGCCAAUUCAAUCAAUGCAUUUUGUU